GUUAUGUGGAAAGCUGCGCACGUCCAAACACAAAUUUCACGAACACACAUCAAUCGACUCGUCACUUGAGGUUCGACGGUGCUGCAAUUUUUCACCGACGUUCACUGUUCUUCGAUAAGUUGUCCGACCGCAUUGUAGAAUCCUUUGGAGGUACCAGAUCACCAAUACCAGUACAGCAGAUCAAUUCAAAAUGUUCGUCUCGUCAGCUACUCGUAUUGCUCCAGUCGCCCGCAGCCUGGUUCUCAAUGGAACGAAAGCAUACCUCCGACCAUUGAGCAGUGCUGUCAUCAGCCAGAGCCAGACAUUGGCUGCCCAAAGCAGCACUCCAGUUGCUCUUCUGCCACAGGUCCGGUCAUUCCAGACUUCGCCGGUUACCCGGGACAUUGAUUCGGCCGCGAAGUUCAUUGGUGCUGGUGCUGCCACUGUUGGUGUUGCUGGAUCUGGUGCCGGUAUCGGAACAGUAUUCGGUUCUCUGAUCAUUGGCUACGCGAGAAACCCAUCGUUGAAGCAGCAGCUGUUCUCCUACGCCAUUCUGGGAUUUGCCCUGUCUGAAGCCAUGGGUCUGUUCUGUUUGAUGAUGGCCUUCUUGCUGCUCUUCGCUUUCUAAGUCUACACAAAAAAGUACGUUUUCAACGUUAAUAAAGUAACAUCAUUAUUAUAAUUCGUAACAAGAGAAAAAAAAACAGCAAAACCAAUAAUUCGUAAUGUGUUGAGAAUAAGAACUAAGAACAAAUCCAAGAUCGAAAUCUACACGCAAUAAUAAUUAUUGUGCGCUAUCUGAGAUAGAAAGGAAAUAAAAAAAAACGACAGACGACAGCCUGCCACAACAUACUGAGCUGAGGGAAUGAAUUGUUACACACUAGCCAUGAAAAAAUUAUGAUGAGCAAAAACGAAAGUAGUUAAUUGUUGAGUAUCGCGAAAGAGUGCUAACAUCUGGUUCUUAAAGAAAAAAAAGCUGCCAUCACACUAACGUGACACCCCACGUUUCCCCCAACAAAAUUUAUUUGUUUCAAGGGUGCGCGUUUCAUUCCAUAAUUGUUUCAUGGAUAUUCCUAACAAGUUUUAAACACCUUCGAACUUACAAAACCUAUACGAUUAAUAUCAGACUACAAUUCGGUGCUGAUAAACAAGUUAGGCAAAAAAAAAAACACAAACGCGAAGAUACCAUAAGCCUAGAAUUAUUUUGAACCGAAUUUAUUCUGUACGAGACGAAUGAAGUAGAAUCGGGCAACUUAUAACACCAGAACCAUCACAGGAACCAUCUGGAGAAGGGAUUUUUUUGGGGAAUUUGAGUAGAUAGAUAGCUCAUUCAAUGCUGCAUAUUGGCUAGUGAAAUUUGGAAAUGCAUUUUUCUGAAAAAAAUAUCACAUGUAAUAAUUUGGGAGGAUUAUUCGUGGGAUAGUUCGCUAGCUAAUACGUGUGCAUAUUCUCCAACCACCAAUGAUGGGCUAAGCUGCUUGAAAUGUCAACAAUUGAAUUAAGGAGAACAACCAUCAAAAUAAAGAGCAACAGACUAGUUACUGCUACAAAAUCGAGAAA